AUGUCCGGUAGAAUAUUGUUGUUAUUUGCUGGACUGGCUUUAGUGUCUGGAAGAUCACCGCAAUCUGAGUAUAUUGAAGAGAUUCUCAGGACUGAGACGUUUGGUGAACGAUUUUCAGACAAUAUAAAGGAAGAUGCUAAAUUGGACGUACCUGAACUUAUUCUAAAAUACAAAUAUCCACUGGAAGUGCACGAGGUGACAACUCAAGAUGGAUAUAUUCUGCAAAUGCACCGCAUACCACACGGUCUAGAUCAGAACAAUGUGCCCAGUUCAAAGAGACCCAUUGUGUUCUUGAUGCAUGGCUUACUUUGUUCAUCGGCUGAUUGGAUUAUAUCAGGGCCUGGCAGUGCCUUUGGUUACAUUCUCGCUGAAGAAGGAUUUGAUGUAUGGAUGGGUAACGCUCGUGGAAAUUAUUAUUCACGCAAUCAUGUUAAAUUGAAUCCCGAUAAUACAGAUUUCUGGGACUUUUCUUGGGAUGAAAUUGGCAAUAUUGACCUUCCAACAAUGAUAGAUCAUGCUUUAGCAGUAACAGGGAAUGAGAAAAUUCACUACAUAGGGCAUUCUCAGGGUACGACAGCCUUCUUUGUCAUGUGCUCUCUUCAGCCGAAAUACAAUGACAAAAUAAUUUCCAUGCACGCGUUUUCUCCAGUUGCGUUUAUGGCGUAUAAUGAAAGUCCUGUAUUAAAUGCUAUAUCUCCGUUUGCAAACAGCAUCAAGAUUCUAGCGUCUCUCAUCGGUAUUGGUGAAAUAAUGCCAAAUACUUUAUUGCUGACAUGGGCCGGACAGAUAUUCUGCAAAGAUCGCGCGGUUACCCAGGAAAUUUGCAGCAAUAUUUUGUUCUCUAUUGGUGGAUGGAAUGAUGCACAUCUUAAUACCACAAUGAUGCCAGUUAUUUUCGGGCACACUCCUGCUGGUUCAUCAGUUAAACAGUUUGCUCAUUACGGUCAAAGUAUCGCUACAAAAGAAUUCAGACGUUAUAACCACGGCUUUGUUAAGAACUUAAGAUUGUACGGUCGUAGGAGUCCGCCUAAAUACGAUUUGUCUAAUGUCGUUGUACCUAUAUUCUUCUAUUAUUCCGACAACGAUCCUUUGUCUCAAAGUAAAGACGUCUAUCGUUUGUAUGAAGAAUUGGGUAGUGAAAGUAAAGUACUCUUACCUUUGCCUUCAUUCGGUCAUUUAGAUUAUCUUUGGGGUAUAAAUGUAAAACCAUUAUUGUACGAUACUGUCAUACAAUUGAUGGAAGUCGUAGACUAG